CGGAGUGAUGGAACCAAACGUAACUGUGUAACUUUCGCUGUUCAAUUCCCUACGAAUCGAUGUUCCCUUUUUUUGAUUUGAUUUGAUUUGAUUUGACGACGAGAGCGGAGAGGACCCCCGCCAGGGAAUGCAGAAAGAUGAUCGGAACGCCGGAUUCUAACCGUCGUUCGGGCGGCGGGAGGAUAAAAAAGCCACGCGGUCGCCGCCGCGAUUGCCACCGGAAGCACGUGGAGGACGGGUGAAAUCGGCGGUGUUUCCGAUUGCAGUCGGCGCGUAAGUUUGCUCCUCCUUCUUCAUUAGCUUUAGAGAGAUCUGAGACGAACGGAUUUGAAAUUUUGUUAAUCGAUGGGGGUGAGAUCUGAAGAGAAAAAGUGUGGAGGCGUGUUGCACGGGAAGUAUGAAUUUGGGCGGUUAUUAGGUUAUGGAACUUUCGCGAAGGUUUACCUUGCGAGGAAUGUACGGACGGGGAGGAACUCGGCGAUGAAGGUUGUUGAUAAGGAGAAGGUGAUCCGCGCGGGGAUGAUGGAGCAGAUGAAGCGCGAGAUCUCGGUGAUGCGGAUGGUGCACCAUCCGAACGUCGUCGAGCUCCACGAGGUUAUGGCGAGCAAGUCGAAGAUCUAUCUCGCCAUGGAAUUCGUCCGCGGCGGGGAGCUGUUCGCCAGAGCUUCCAGAGGACCGAUGCGCGAGGAUUCUGCGCGGAACUACUUCCAGCAGUUGAUCUCCGCCGUCGAUUUCUGCCACAGCCGCGGUGUUUACCACCGCGAUCUGAAGCCGGAGAAUCUGCUGCUCGAUGUGGAAGGUAAUUUGAAAGUUGCGGAUUUCGGUUUGAGUGCGCUCUCCGAUCAUCUCCGGCAGGACGGACUGCUGCACACGGCGUGCGGAACGCCGGCGUACGUCGCGCCGGAGGUGAUCGGGAGGAAAGGCUACGACGGCGCGAAGGCCGACGUGUGGUCCUGCGGCGUAAUUCUGUUCGUUCUUCUCGCCGGAUAUUUACCUUUUCACGACACUAACGUCAUUUCCAUGUACCGGAAGAUCCACCGCGGCGAUUUCAAGUGUCCGCCGUGGCUCUCGCCGGAGUCGCGGCGGUUGAUCACCAGAAUGCUGGAUCCUAAUCCGAGCACGCGGAUAAGCACAGAGCAAAUCAUGGAUUCGUCGUGGUUCAACAAAUCGGCGCCGAGGAAGAAGACGAUGGCGACGGCGAAGGAAUAUCCGCCGGAGUUCGAAAGCAACGAAACGGAAACGCUAAAUGCCUUCCACAUCAUCUCAUUAUCCGAAGGAUUUGAUCUCUCGCCGCUGUUCGAGGAGAAGAAGAUGGAGCGAGAGGAGCUCCGAUUUGCGACGACGAUGCCGGCGAACAGUGUGGUUUCGAAGAUCGAGGAGGUCGCGAAGACGAAGGACUUCGCCGUGAAGAAGACGGAAACUUGCGUGAGGUUAGUUAGGGCGGAGAGUGGGAGGAAAGAGAGGUUGGAAAUUGCGGUGGAUAUCUUCACGGUGGCGCCGUCGUUUCUGGUGGUGGAGGUGAAGAUUUGCGUCGGCGACACGGUGGAGUACAGCCAGUUCUGCCGGAAACAUCUCCGGCCGGCGCUUAAAGACGUUGUAUGGAGCUCGGCGACGGCGGGGGGAGUUGAAUCGGAAAAUUGACGGCGGCGAGAUAUUUUCGUAAUUUUGAUAUUUAAUAUUGUUUGUAAUUUUAUAUUAAUAUUGUUUAGAAAUUUUGUAAUAAAAUUCUUGGUUAUGUAAUGUGUGCCUUCUGGGAGUGCGUAGCAUGGGGAAAUAGCAAGGAAAAUUAAAUAUUUAUUUAAUUAUUUUAUAUAAUUGUAUCUUUUAAUUUGACCAA